AUGCCCACGGAUAACGAUCCCCCUGAUGGAGGAUUAACAAACCAGGACUUCUCUCCCACUGGGGAAGGUAGCAAUAAUGAAGUAGAAAAUCGUCAAGAAGACAUCCUUAACACAAGGAUUGCAACUCACACUACGACAGAUAAGUGCAACGUUUUCAGUUUACAAAAACCUGAGCAAUAUUCAGAUUCGAUCUAUGUAUUUGUUGAGAAAAUAAUUACUCAAAAUAUUGGUGUCGAAAUAGUCUUUACUGUCACCGACGAACUACUAGAAGUUAUCCCGCUCAAAGAUACAAUGGCCAGAGAAGAUAUUUUUGAUGCUGUAGAAUACACAAUGAAUGACAUGGGUAUACUACUCAAAAGUUUGCGUAGUGUUGUUACUGAUGGAGCGCCAGCAAUGUUAUCGGAAGCACAAGGUUUUACUGGGCGAAUGAAAAUAAAAGUACGCGACGCUGGGCUACCUCCGAUAUCAUCGAUACGCUGCAUAUUACAUCAGGAACAACUAUGUACAAAAACCUUCCGUAAUUUCAAAUCUAUUAUGGAUGUAGUAAUAAUAUGUGUCAAUUUCUACAGAAAGCAAGGCCUCAACCACGGCAGUUUGAAGAAUGAAAUGCAGCAAAAUAGUAACUGCGCCAUUUGCAGUUAUCCGUUGGCGCGCGGCAAUUGCAGGAUCGUGGGGAAGAAAGGAAUUAGUACACUGAUCACACAGAGCAAACGCGUGGAAGACAAAAAAUGGUUGGAUUGGGAAAAAAAGGAAAAACUGGACUGCCAUGAGAAGUGUAGACUUUCAUACUCGGUCAGUGGAACGUAUACUCAGCAUUUUGCGUUGAAUGCACCAAAUAACAAUGUCGUAGCUGCAAGCGAUGAGGUUCCUGAUUUCCAUUACGCGGAUAAUUGCUUCAUUUGUGGUUUGAGUAUAAUAAAAGAUGCGAAAACAAAAAUCUGUACAGUCACACAAAAAUAG